GUUCUAGCCGCCAACGCGGUCAUUCUUCAACCCGCCAGCUUCCAGUCGCAUCGAUUGCCAUGACAGAGCCAACGCCCGACGAACGCUUCGUGCUGCCUGCGCAAGACGACGCCAUCUGCAGCGACGACAGUAGCAGCAGCGACGAGGACGACGAAGAGAUGGCCGCUCGCCGGGUCCAGCGCCUCAAGCGACAGCUCCACAAAGCCAUGCUCCGCCAAGAGAUUGCGCGGGCCGAAGCCGAGACGCGCGUCUUGAACCGACUAGGUUACGAGUAAUGCGCUUCGUCAUGAACCGUGGAUCGUCGUCUUCGUUACAUAUGCA